AUGUCCCAAAAGAUGGAAAACAAGGAGGAAGAGAAAGAUACACAGGUCGAUGACUUUUCCACCGGGGAUUCCUUCGAUAUGCAGCAUAUUGGCAGCAGUCGAGGUCGACGGAAGUUCAGUUCCUUGCAACUGAUUGGGUCAGCGUACACGGUCACCAAUUCCUGGUUAGGAGUAGCCGGUGCUUUCACAACAGGAAUCACAGCUGCAGGAUCGGCUAGUAUAAUCUACGGCCUAUUGCUGAUGUUUACGAUCAACCUGUUCGUUGGCAUUGCCCUCAGUGAGUUGAUCAGUGCAAUGCCAAAUUCUGGUGGUCAAUACUAUUGGGUAAUGCGCUUGGCUCCUAAGCGAUAUGCACGCGGUUUCUCUUAUAUGACUGGCAUUUGCAAUCUCUGUGCCGCCUACUGUGUCACCACGAGCUCUUCAAUUGCCGUGAGUUCCUGGAUCUUUGGUAGUGCGAAGCUUGCAUACCCUGACCUUGCUGUGAAUGCAUGGCGAAUCUAUUUAGGAGCAAUGGGGUUGAAUAUAAUAGCGGCUAUCGUCAACCUCUGGCAGCAUGUGGUCUCGCGUAGCGUUUCAAUUGGUCUGUGGCUUAGCUUGUUUGCUUGCAUAUCUCUUACGAUUGCAUUACCUACAGCUUCGCGCGAAAAGACUGAGUUAAAGUUCAUCUUUGCCUCGCUGCAGAACAAUAGUGGCUGGUCAUCUGAUACUAUGGCCUUCAUAGUUGGCUUGAUCAAUCCCAACUUUGCCUUUGCUGCUCUUGACAGUGCUACUCACCUGGCUGAAGAGACUCCUGACCCAGCACGGAACGUCCCAAAGGCGAUUAUAUUUACAGUGGUGAUUGGAUUUCUUACUAGUUUUCCUUUCGCUUGCAUGUUGAUGUACACUCUCACGGAUCUCACCGCUGUUAUUAACACACCAACCGGAGUGCCACUUCUAGAGCUUUUUCGCAUUGCCUUUCAAAGCGACUCCGCCGCUCUCGCCACUAUCUCUGUCGUCGCAGUGACCUAUUUCUUCUCACUCCUCCCCCAGCAAGCUUAUCAAUCUCGUCUUUGUUGGGCACUCUCCCGCGACCAUGGACUUCCUUUCUCACGUUACUGGUCUCAAAUCCACCCCACUUCACAUGUACCACUCCAUGCGCAUCUGGUUUCUGUUUGUAUUAUCUUCAUACUUGGCUUGCUAUAUAUCGUCUCCACAACCGCGUUUAGCAGUCUCAUUACCGGUGUUAUCACAUUCUCUUACUUGACAUAUCUGGCACCCUGCAUCUUUUCCCUUCUACGCGGUGAAGAGCAACCCAGAGGACCGUUCAAUGUUGGGUGGCUUGGAAAUUUAGCGAAGAUAAUCACCGUGAUCUGGUGCUUGUUUGCGAUUAUCAUGUACUCGUUCCCUUAUCAGUUGCCGGUGACUACGUCCAAUAUGAACUAUAUCACUGCGAUCUACGGCGUUGUGCUCAUAUUUGGAAUAAUGGAUUGGCUGUUUCGCGCACGCUUCGAAUUUGCCUUUGAUUCCGGUGGUGUCGACCACACUCGGUGA